AAAGUUACGUUGACGCAAUUUGAAAGCAAGAUGGCGGUGCGCGUGCCGCUGUCUUUAAAAAUGUCACCCUCAGCGUUACUGGGCUUCAAGUGUCUUUUUACGGAGCAAUAUUCUUCCAAAAAGCUGCUAAAGUCUUUAACGGAGCUCUGCAGACGAGGUUACUCCGUGAAAGCUCAGCAGGCGGUGGAGGAGGGUGGUGUGAACGUCGCCGGGUUCAGCGGCCCUCUGGAUCACUACAGCGGGCUGAUCAGAGACGGAACACUGCGGGAGGACGAGCAUCAGAAAGCGGUGCUACAGAAACUGGACGAGCUGCACAAAACACUCAAAGGAUACAGCAACACACCGACAUCCAUAUUCUCCAAGUUCUUCACAAAACCCAAAGCUCCAAAAGGCUACUACAUUUACGGUGAUGUUGGUACAGGAAAAACUAUGGUCAUGGACAUGUUUUAUUCAUAUGCGGAGACUGAGAAGAAAAAGAGGGUUCAUUUCCACGGCUUUAUGUUGGAUGUGCAUAAAAGGAUCCAUCGGCUAAAGCAGAGUAUGCCAAAGAGAAAAGCAGGGAAAAUGGCCAAAUCCUACGACCCCAUUGCUCCAGUAGCUGAGGAGAUCAGUGAAGAGGCUUGUCUUCUGUGCUUUGAUGAGUUUCAGGUCACUGAUAUCGCUGAUGCCAUGAUUCUCAAGCAGCUUUUUGAAAAUCUGUUUCUGAACGGAGUCGUUGUUGUUGCCACUUCUAAUCGUCCUCCUGAAGACUUGUAUAAAAAUGGGCUGCAGAGAGUCAACUUUGUGCCUUUUAUUGCCGUGUUACAGAAAUAUUGCCAAACACUUCGUCUGGAUUCUGGGAUAGAUUACCGCAAGAGGAACAGACCCUCUGCUGGAAAACUCUACUUUCUCUCCAGUGAGCCUGAUGCAGAGGCGACACUGGACAAGAUGUUUGAUGAGCUGGCUUUUAAGCAGAAUGACAUAACACGACCAAGAGUUAUGAAUGUUCACAACAGAAAAGUCCGUCUGAACAAAGCUUGUGGGACCAUAGCAGACUGUACAUUUGAGGAGCUGUGUGACAGACCUUUAGGGGCCAGUGACUACCUGGAGAUAUCCAGGCUGUUUGACACCGUCUUUAUUCGACACAUUCCUCUGCUCACGCUGAACAAGAAAACUCAAGCCAGGCGGCUCAUAACGCUCGUGGAUGCCCUCUACGACCAUAAGGUGCGGGUGGUGAUUCUUGCAGAUCAUCCUCUGGAGGACAUUUUUGUACAUGACGGGGAUCACGGUCACGACGAGAGCCACAUUCUGAUGGACGACCUGGGACUGAAAAGGGACGAAGCCAGCAGUCUGUCCAUAUUCAGCGGAGAGGAGGAAAAAUUUGCCUUCCAGAGGACAGUGUCUCGCCUCACAGAGAUGCAGACAGACGAGUACUGGCUGGAAGGGGACAGAAGCAAGAAAUCGCAGGUUUAACAUUUUGGGAAUAAUCGACCAAUGUUACACAACCCUCCAUACUUCAUACACGGUACUCCUCUCUGCCAGAAAACAGUCCAGACUGAACACUACUCCUACUCAUCUUAUCUCGCACAAACCCAACGGGACUGCUUAAAAGCAUGUGUGCAAAUGUUGUACAGAGAAUAUUUAUUGAUAUCUUAAGGCCUUUUAUCACUUUGUUGCGACAUUGCACUUUAUGGAUGAUUUUUAAGAUGAACUUUAGGGUGUCAUAAUGCUUUUAACUCCAUAUCCUAUAGUGGUCCAACUGUAUUUUAUGAAUCUGUGGGAAGAAGCUGGACAACAGACUUUUAUGAAGAUUUAAAUGAAAGUUUAAUGUCUCCCUUUUGAGAUCCAUAAUGUUGUUUUUUUUAAUGUAAUGAAUCUCUGUGAGUUCUUUAUGAUUCUAAUGCAAGUCUGGUCAGGGUAUUUGAAGUCUGAUGAUUUAUGCAGAUGGUGCUUGUGAAAUUUCACCCAUGAAGCGAACAACAAUAUGGGGCUCGAUUCAUCAGUAGUUUCAUUUUCAGGAUGAAUAGGAAACAUAAAACAUGUAUCACAGGAAGUGUUUUAGUUUACAUGUUACCUCCAAGACACUAUAUUUUUUAUGCAGCUGUCCUCAUAAAUGAAUCUAUUAAGGGUU